GACAAACUUGAUCAGAAGAGGAAGAUGGAAGCUCUGAAUAUUCUUCUCUGUCUGCUUCUAACUGCCUUUCAGGCAAAAAUAAUUGAAUCACAGACAACAGGUGACUGGCUAUAUUCCACUAACAGUUCUUCAGGUUCUUGUAAUGGUAGCUGUGGCCAUUUUGUGGGCGUUUGUGCAUGUGACAACGUCUGUCAUAUGUAUAGGGACUGUUGCCCUGACUAUGAUGACUAUUGCACAGUGUACACAACAUCAGUGGCUCCCUCAGAUGACCCCUGCUUCAACUACACUGUACUGGAUGAUCCUUGGAGAGCCACUGACUAUCGGAAUGACUCAGUCACAAUGUGUGACAGGAAUGUGAAUUGGUUUGGUUGGUAUCGUCUCUUUAUUCAUGGCCAGAGUGUCCACAUGCCAGACACAUGUGUUAAUAAGCAAAAAUGUGGCACUCAUGCCCCACUAUGGUUAACCGGAGGACACCCAAAAGUUGAGGAUGGAGUGGUCACCAGAGGUGUCUGUGGUCACUGGCACAAUAACUGCUGUUAUUUCGCUUCUACUCCCAUUAGAGUAAAAGCCUGUCCGGGCAAUUAUUAUGUCUAUGAGUUUGUUGAACCAAAUGGCUGUCCUUUGGCAUACUGUGCAGAUGUGGGAAGCAGCAACACCACAAAUACAACUAUUGCUCCAGAGACAAACUCUUCUGUUCCUCACCCUGAGUGUGGAGGACACCUGUAUGGUUCUGGGCUGUUUUCCAGUCCAAACUACCCAAACUAUUAUCAUGACAAUGCCUACUGUGUGUGGUAUCUCUCUGCUCAGCAAGGACAGAGGAUCUUUCUGACAUUUGCUGAUGUGCAAUUGGAGCGCUGCUGUAACUGUGACUACAUCACAGUGUAUGACGGCUCUUCCACUGGUCAUUCACAGCUGGGAAAGGUCUGUUUUAAUGACACCACACACCAGGUGUUUCACUCUUCUUCACGAUACUUGACUGUUGUCUUCAGAAGUGACUACUCUGGUGUCAGCCAUGGUUUCAAAGCUCUUUUCACAAGCUCUCUUACUGAAGAUCAAGGUCGUGUGGAUUGUUCCUCAGACAACAUGGUCAUUGUCAUUCAGAGAUCUUACCUGAACUCACUCGGCCUGAGUACAAAUGACCUUUAUGUAGACGACCAUCUUUGCAGACCCUCCAUUAGCAGUACUGAAGUUACGUUCAGCUUCCCUCUUGAUGCAUGUGGGACCUCCAAAGAGAUGAUGAAUGGUUAUGUGUCCUACACCAACAAUGUACGGGACUCUCAGUCUCAAUCAGGUGAAAUCACCCGUCAGUCACAUUUCCUGCUACGCGUGGGCUGUCGAAUGGAGCCAGACACAAUGGUGCAGAUAUUCUACAAGACCAGGGAGAACAUCAAUGCCAACAUCACAGGAACGGGCCGCUUCAAUGCCAGCAUAGCCUUCUACACCUCCAGCAGUUUCCACCAGCAGAUUUAUGACUCUCCGUACGAAGUGAACCUGAAUCAACUUCUGUAUGUUCAGGUCAAGCUAAACAGGCCUGACAACAGUCUGGAUCUCUUCCUGGACACCUGUGUAGCGUCUCCAAAUCCCAAUGACUUCAAAGACCGCUCCUAUGACCUGCUGCGUAACGGAUGUCCAAGAGACAACACAUAUUAUUCCUACACCAGUGGUGAAUACUACUACGCUCAGUUCAGUUUCCAGGCUUUCAAGUUCCUCCGGACUCAUGCCUACGUGUACCUGCAGUGUAAAGUGAUCAUCUGCCCUGAUAACGAUUACAACUCUCGCUGCCGCCAAGGUUGUCACUACCGUCGCAAGAGAUCUCUUUAUAGCAUCUACCAGACCAGAACUGUUACGCUGGGGCCAAUCAAACUCAAAGGUCAGAGGCAACUAACAGGCAUCGUGUAAAGGAGUCUGAAACGUCAAAGGAAUGGAACAAUCAUCUCCUCAAUCAUAACUUUAAUCAUUACUAUUAAUCAAUCCUUAUUAACCACCCAACAAAUAAAUCUUAACACAGAUUGUAUUUUUGCAAUUCAAUAAAGCAUUUCUAAACAAC